GGAAGGCCAGCAAGACAGAGGCAGGCAGCCUCAAAGAAGGCCACCAAAACAGAGGCAGGAACCCUCAACCAAGGUUACCUCAGAGCAGCACACGCCCCACAUCCCACCAUGGCAUCCAAUCCACAUCACCUCGUGAAAGAAUUUCUUGAGGCAAUUAAACCCCAGCCAACAGCGGAGCUGGUCACUGCUGUAGAGGAAGGAGACGAGGCAGGGGUGAGGUCAGCACUUGACAGGGGUGCCCGGCCCGAGGUCACCAUCCCCACUAAUGCUGGGGUGUCAGGCAGUCUGCUGACUGUGGCUGCCAGCAAGGGCCACGAGCACCUGCUGUCUCACUUACUGCAGGCAGGGUUAAGCAUAGAAGGUGGAGGCACCACUGACAUGACACCGCUGAUGAUGGCUGCCCUGAAGGGCCACGCCCAUACAGUGAAGGCGCUGCUGGACCUCCGUGGUAACCCUCUGGCCAUGGAUAGUGAAGGAUGGACAGCCCUACACUUUGCUGCAUGGGAGGGCCACCAGCAGUGUGUGGCGGCCCUCUUGCCCGUCACCCCUCCCACUCCUGCACACCUCGAGGCAUACACCCCGGUGCACCUCGCCAGUUAUCGUGGCCACGUGGAGGUACUGGAGCAGCUGGCAGGUGCUGGCUGGCCCCUCACCGCCAAGAACAGUGAUGGCAACACACCCAUGCACCUUGCUGUGGCCGGGGGUAGAGUGACAUGUGUGCAGUGGCUGGUGCAGCGAGGCGGUGACACAAGCAUGCAAAAUAAUGCUGGACUCACCCCGCUUGACCAGGAGCUGGUCACUGCUGUAUGGGAAGGAGACGAGGCAGGGGUGAGGUCAGCACUUGACAGGGGUGCCCGGCCCGAGGUCACCGUCCCCACUAAUGCUGGGGUGUCAGGCAGUCUGCUGACUGUGGCUGCCAGCAAGGGCCACGAGCACCUGCUGUCUCACUUACUGCAGGCAGGGUUAAGCAUAGAAGGUGGAGGCACCACUGACAUGACACCGCUGAUGAUGGCUGCCCUGAAGGGCCACGCCCAUACAGUGAAGGCGCUGCUGGACCUCCGUGGUAACCCUCUGGCCACGAAUAGUGAAGGAAGGACAGCCCUACACUUUGCUGCAUCGCAGGGCCACCAGCAGUGUGUGGCGGCCCUCUUGCCCGUCACCCCUCCCACUCCCGCACACCUCGAGGCAUACACCCCGGUGCACGCCGCCAGUUAUCAUGGCCACGUGGAGGUACUGGAGCAGCUGGCAUAUGCUGGCUGGCCCCUCAACGCCAGGGACAGUGAUGGCAACACACCCAUGCACCUUGCUGCGUUGGGGGGAUGUGCAGCAGCUAUGCAGUGGCUGGUGCAGAGAGGUUGUGACCCACACGUGCAAUCGAAGGCUGGACACACUCCGCUGGAGUUGGCCGUGCAGCUUGGCCGCCACGAGGUGGAGUCCUGGCUGGUUAAAAAUUGCAGCGGUGUUGUGAGGAGGAAGACUCUGGGUGUGCAGCAAGUGAGGGAGUGGCGGGGCGAGCAUGAAGACCACCACAACACAGUCUUGUCCAUGCUGGUGGAGGGCAACAAGGUAGCCAUGGCCAACAUCCCCGAGGUUUGUGAUGGUCACGCGCUGAGCCAGGAUGGCCUGACGCCUCUCCACGCCGCGGCGCUGUGCGGGGCUCCCAGUGAUGCUGUGGAGGCUUUGCUGCGACGCGGCGUGAGCCCUCAUGUGACCACCCCUGACAACAUGACCCCCGCUGACCUGGCACGGCAGCAAGGCCAAGACUCAGUGAUUAAGGGACUACAGCGCCACCACUGUGUACAGAGCUACAAGCUACCUGAAGAACUGCAUGAGGAACUGCUCUCAACAGUCAGUCGCCGGGACGACGUGCAGGCGGUGUCCACCCUCAUAUGUAAGGGCGCGCCCAUAGAGCUCCUGGGUGGCCUUUCUGUCCUCAGACUGGCUGUCACCACCGACCGCAUUAACACCGUCAGCCUGCUGCUAGCUAGCGGUGUACCGCUGCCUGCCAGCCUGCUGCAGGAGGCUUGGCAGAGCCCCGACGUGACUCACAGGGUGCUGGCCUACCUCACCACCGCCUACUGCUGUCGGUUGCGUGCAGAGCAGCGUCGCCUGGAAAAGGUCAGCAGCGCCCUUGUCGAAGGCAUCGACAAUCUAGUGACAACCAUCGAGGGAAAUACUCCCUGGCAGGCAGCCUGGCGAUGGGGAAAGGAGACUGACCGGCCAGCACUGAGCGACCUCCUGGCAAAGGCAGCGGCUGCCAACUGCCCCGUGACUGCCGCCUUCCUGCAUAGGGCAGGAGGGUGGACAGUCUUUAAUGGAGCUUCUGGUGGCACUGCCCUCCACGCUGCCCUGGAGGCUGGCCACAAAGGCAUGGCCGAGCUGCUGAUCAGGGACCUUGGGGGCUGCCCGUACGUGCCGGACACACAUGGUCGCCUUGCGGUGCACAUGAUGCCUCACGAGGAGCAACAGAGGCUGGAGCAGAAGCUCUUUAUGGCGGAGCGUGAAAAACUGAAGGAUAUGGAGCUUCGCUUAAAGGCAGAUCACGAGAAGACCGCAGCACGGACAGCGCUGUGUAUACAGGAGGAUCUUUUUGAGAGCCACAAGAAGGGCGAGGGUAAGAAUGUCUCCUUACCUGAUGGCCACGCUGCCCUGCUGCUGGCCUCGCGCAAAGGUCUCCUGCAGCUGACUCAUCUUAUACUGCAAGAGGGUCACUUCCCCGUGGACGAGGUGCUGGACCACACUUGCGGCACCACCGCCCUCCACCAGGCGGCCUCGCACGGCCAGGACGGCUGCGUGGCGCUGCUGCUGAGCGCUGGCGCCAACCCACAGCAGCGUGACACGUAUGGCCAGACACCCCCUCACCUGGCCGCCAUGUUUGGCCAUAAAAGUACUUUUGAACUCCUGGCACACCAAGUGACGCAGGACCCUCCUUGCCGCGCGGGCACCACGAGCACACAGGUGAGAGAAAAUUUUAAAGUGUUUCACAAUAUGUAUUAUAAAUAUAAGCGUAAUCUAUUAGACCCAAUCGACCGACGUGACCCGGAAAGCGUCAUAAGAAAUCUUGUGAGAUCCAUAGGCCUGCAAGAGCUGCAGAAGGAGGCUCAGCGGGUGGCUGUGGAUCUAUCAAAGGGCGAGGCCCUUGAGGUAAAGGAGGCGGUGAUGGCAGAAAUAAGCAUCAUCAUGAAUAAGGUGUCAGCCGCUGAUGCCACGUACCGCGGCGACCUGAGGCUGGCGGGCAGUUCUCAGGACGGGUCUAAGCUUUACGCCCCUGACGAAUUUGAUAUAAACCUCGUGAUUCACAAGGAUGACGUAGGAAUAACUGUUAGCGAGAGAGGGAAGGAGGAAGCCCCGCUGAAGGGCAGGUUACAGAUUUGUGUGAAGACUGACAAUCCCCACCUUGAGGGUAAUAGAUUUAUGGCCAGUUUGUACGAGGAGGUGCACCGGUGCCUCGCUGGCCACACCCUGCAGGACAAAAGACUGAGCCUGGUGCCGCCGGGCCUGACCAGCACGCAAGUGGGCGUGGGACUCUCUCUGGCCUGGCAGGGGCGAGAGUAUCCACUGUUGCUGGUCGGCGUGGACCUGGUGCCAGUGCUUGAGGUGCCAUGGCUGGAGCAAGUUUGCAGACCGCUCCUCACUCCUGAGGACACCACCACCAUGCAGCUCAGUAAUGCUGCUGAUGGAACAUGGCGCUGCAGCUUUGCCUUGACAGAGGCUGAGGUGCUGGGGACGUUGACGCCCGCAGAGCGCCAGGUGCAGCUGAUGGGAAAAGUACUUCUUUCCCGCCUCAAGCCCGAGCGCUGGAUGCCUCGGCACAAAAAGAGUUUUUUCAAAUGGUUCGCCACACAGGAGUGGAACAUCGCGGUGCCAAGCGGGUUCUGUUUCAAGAACGCCCUCCUGCGGUGGCUGGAGCACAGGCGGUCGAGGGAGGUAGAGCUUGGGGCUGGCCAGGAGCACGACCACACCAAGGAGUUGGGGGCUGGACAGGAGAGGGACCACACCAAGGAGUUGGGGUCUGGACAGGAGGGGGACCACACCAAGGAGUUGGGGGCUGAACAGGAGCAGGACCACACCAAGGAGUUGGGGGCUGGACAGGAGGGGGACCACACCAAGGUGUUGGGGGCUGGACAGGAGGGAGACCAUACAAAGGAGUUGGAGGGUGAACGGAAGGGGGACCAUACAAAGGAGUUGGAGGGUGAACGGAAGGGGGAGCACGCCAAGUGGUUGGAGCCGGGGCGGGAGGGGGACCCCGCCAGAUGGGUGGUGGAGGUGUUCAGAUUGAUGUGUGCGAACCCAGAAGAGACACGAGAGAACCUGACAACUCAAAACAGCUCCGCCUACUUUGGAGGAGACUGUGAGGGGCGGAAGCCUGGGGACGGGGCGCCCAUCAUCGUGCAGUGCCUGGAGGAGGACCUCUGCCAAGACAACCAGGCGGUGGCGACGAAAGUAUUAGAUGCAGAAGAUGCAGACCAUUGUAAUCAUUACCUGUGAGCUGCGCCACGCGUCGGAAGACCUCCUACUCCCCCCCCCCACACACACACACAUACACACACACACAGGAACGCCAGUGCUUGGUGCUCGAUUUUCAGAUUCAGUAGUUUAUAUAGCCAAUUAGUUGUGGACUCGAUAUAAAGAAAAAUAUAUAUUUUCAUGUCGCGAGCCUAGUGAGAGAAGAUACUCUGUUAAUAGGCUCUCUCAUCUGUGUGCACUUGUUGGCCCCUGUAAUACCGCAGGUUGAGUAAUGUGAUAGUGCAAGCUGAGGUAAUGCCACCUUUGGCCAGUAAGUACAGCAGGGUAAGAUAAUAGUCAACUUGCUUGUUGUAUGGUGAAACAGGCUCUACAUGGAUUCAUGGAUGAUAGGCCUAUAAGUGUUUGAUAUUUAUUUGCAAACGGCAGUGCCAUUAGGACAUGAAAUAUUUAGUAUAGGUUUAUUAAGACAAUGUCUGGUCUGGGUGUAAAUAAAGCACUUCGGCUUGACAAGAUAAUGACAAAUAAGUUAUCAAAUCAAAAUAGAAUGUCACAUUUGUACCACCAAGUACCAAAUGCAGAUGGUAAUUGGUUAAAACAAACUGUUAAGUUAAGGACUUGUGCUAUUGAUAGGCAGAGAUUGUCUGAACAAACUUUUAACAGGCCAGCAUGUCUUAAUUAUAGGAUGGUGACAAUGCAAGGAAAAUUACACAAGUAUUUAUCUGUUCUCCUUAAACAACACUCACGUGCCGUAAGUGUGUUCAAGUGUGCAAAUCAUCAGCUGCCCAUUGUAAGUGGUAGUGAAGGAAUGCAAGUGUAGAAAAGUGGAUUUGUUCUUUAUGUGAUCUUAAUGGUGCAGGAGAUGAAACUCACUCUUCAUUCAAAUUGACUUUUUUUUUUUUUAACAAAUAGCUGAAAAAAUCUGUCCAGAAAUAUUGCUUCACUAAUGUAAAUGUAACAAAAAUAGGGGAAUUCCUUGGAGCGAGAAACGUGACUGUCUUAUUAAGUAGUGUUAAGUUCGUCCAAGAAAUAACUUGUUAUUUUAAGGAAAACUCAUAAGAAGUAAUCAUACCCCGCCUGGGGUCGCUUUCAAACCUUUCAAGCACACUUCUCAUAUUUGCAAACUUAUACAUGUAAAUUAACCAUUGCCUUGUAUUUUUCCAUGAACACAAAACUAUUCCUCUCUGUAUUAUGGAAAGUGUUGUGUCAGUAAAUCA